AUUCUUAGUAGUAUCUUAGUUAACAAACAUGUCUAACAUUGGGUUACAAGUGCGUCAAGCAGUUCCAUCUAUUGACACGGUAGUUGCCAACUAUGCAACUGGUUACAUUCAACAUGUUUCCAACUCCACAGAAGAGAGCGUGACUGCUCAACAGAUCAAUAUUCCAGAAGAGAUGGAAUACAUCAGAGAACUUUUAAUCGAUGCUGGAGGUAUCGAAGAGAAGGUAAAUACCUUAACCAAAUUAUUGGAAGAAAAACUUAGUCAGAAAUUAAAGGAAAAUACUGCCAAGUUGGAACUUACUGGUGAUAGAUCAAAGAGACUUUUGGAUGUGAAUAUGUUACGUCAAAACAAUUCCAAGAGAGAUAUCAAUUCCUCAUUAGCACUCUUGAGUGCCAGUAACGAUAUAGAACAUACUGGUAGAAAGAUGGAAAGUAGAGUGGAUAAGAAGAAAUUGGAAAAGCAAGAACGUAAGAUUGCCAAGAAGGUUGCAAAGAGAAAUAAUAAGUUUGUUCAAUAUGAAGCUUCUAAAUUACUUAAUGAAGGAUCCAAUGAAGAUUAUGAUUCCUUUUUCCUUGAGAUCAACCCUCUUGAUCUUGGAUCUAGUGCAGGUAAAUCCAAGGAUAUUAAGAUUGAUAACUUUGAUUUGUACGUUGGUGAAGGUCAAAGAAUCUUGAGUGAUGCAUCUUUAACAUUAGCAUUUGGUCGUAGAUAUGGUUUGGUUGGUCAAAACGGUAUUGGUAAGUCCACUCUUUUGAGAGCCUUAUCAAGAAGAGAAUUGAAUGUUCCAAAGCAUAUUACCAUUUUACAUGUUGAGCAAGAAAUUAGAGGUGAUGAUACAUCUGCCAUUCAAAGUGUUUUAGAUGCUGAUGUUUGGCGUAAGAACUUAUUAGGAGAAGAACAAAAAAUAGCUGAAAGAAUCCAAGAAAUCGAGAAAUUAAGAGCAGAAUUCGAAGAAGAUUCUAAUGAAGUAAGAAAACUUGACAAUGAAAGAGAAGAUUUAGAAAAGCAUUCUCUUGAAGUGACUGAAAAGUUAUCUGAAAUGGAAUCCGAUAAGGCUGAAAGUAGAGCUGCAGCCAUUCUUUAUGGUUUAGGUUUCACCAAGGAAACUCAACACUUGGCUACUAAGUCAUUCUCUGGUGGUUGGAGAAUGAGACUCUCUCUUGCUAGAGCAUUGUUCUGUAAACCAGAUUUACUUUUGCUAGAUGAACCAUCCAAUAUGUUGGAUGUUCCAUCCAUUACCUACUUGGCCAAAUAUCUUCAAGGUUACGAAGCCACCGUCUUGGUAGUGUCGCAUGACAGAGCAUUCUUGAAUGAAGUCGCUACUGAUAUUAUACAUCAACAUUCCGAAAGAUUGGACUAUUACAGAGGUUCGAACUUUGACAGUUUCUACUCCACUCGUGAAGAACGUAUUAAGAACCAACGUCGUGAAUACGAAAAUCAAAUGGCAUACAGAAAACAUUUACAAGCAUUUAUUGAUAAGUUCCGUUAUAAUGCUGCCAAAUCUUCAGAAGCACAAUCUCGUAUCAAGAAAUUGGAGAAAUUACCAUUACUUGAAGCACCAGAAGACGAAAAGACUGUCACAUUCAAGUUCCCAGACCCAGAUAAGGUUUCCCCACCAAUUUUACAAAUGCAAAAUGUUUCGUUUGGUUACUCUCCUGACAAGAUUUUAUUAAAGGGUGUCGAUAUGGAUAUUCAAAUGGAUUCUCGUAUUGCUUUCUGUGGUGGUAAUGGUACUGGUAAGACCACAUUGUUGAAAUUGUUAAUGGAAAACUUGAGUCCAUUGGAUGGGUUGAUCACCAGAAAUGGUAGAUUGAGAAUUGGGUACUUUGCUCAACAUCAUGUGGAUUCUAUGGAUUUGACCCUUUCCGCCGUGCUGUGGAUGUCUAAAACAUUCCCAGGUAAGUCCGAUGAAGAAUAUAGAAGACAUCUUGGUUCCUUUGGUAUCACUGGUACUCUUGGUUUACAAAAGAUGGAGUUACUUUCUGGUGGUCAAAAGUCUCGUGUAGCCUUUGCAGCCUUAUGUUUGAACACCCCUCAUAUUUUGAUUCUUGAUGAACCUUCCAAUCACUUGGAUACUCAAGGUUUAGAUGCAUUGGCUGAAGCAUUGAAUAAUUUCCAAGGUGGUGUCUUGAUGGUAUCGCAUGAUGUUUCUAUUAUUGAUAAGGUUUGUAAGGAAAUUUGGGUGAGUGAAGACAGUUGUGUCAAGAGAUUCCCUGGUGAUAUCCAUGAUUACAAGAAGCAUAUUUUGGCAUCUGCAGAUGCUGCUGGUGUGGUUAGAAAACAUUAAUUUUUUACGACUAUAGAUAAAAUUAAUAAUAAUUAUGCUCAUCUGAU